AUGAACAGCGCCCACGGAGAAUCAGCUCUCUCGCGCUUGCUCUGCCCAUCCCUGCCCUCGCUGCAGCCCCUGCCAGGAGAGGAUGAGGGUCUCUGGGCCAUGCAGCCGUACACUGGAGUGCCUGAUAAUCACUUUAAGUUGGUUCUGUCAAUGCUUGCCCAAGUAGUUCAGGAGACUAUGCACUUCAAGCUGGUCAAAGUUAGCCAGAGCUUCCAAAAGCAAGAUGGGGGGGCGCGAGGGAGUAGAGACGCCCUUUCCCGUGGCGGUCCGUCUGAGGCUCCCCCCGCGGCGGCGCUGUGGGCCCGGCCCCAUCGCGGCCCCCCCCCGGGCGCGGGGCGGGGUGGUGCGGUCCGAGUGUCCGGGAGUCGGGGCGGCGGGCAGUUCGCGCAGUGUGGGCGCGGGCGGGUCCGGAGGAGGAGCGGGGGCCGCGGACGGGAGCCGGCGGGCGGGCGGGCGGGGGGGGGGGGGAUGGCGCGGGCGGCGCGGGGACCCCCGCCCCUCCCCACCACGCUGCCGCUGCUCCCGCUGCUGCUGCCGCUGCUGCUGCUGCCGGCGCUGGGCUCCCGCCCCCACGGUGCCUUAGCUGGGCCAGUUCUCGUGGACCCACACGUGACGGCCGUGUGGGGGAAGAACGUCACGCUGAAGUGUAUAAUCGAAGUGAACGAAACCAUCACCCAGAUCUCCUGGGAGAAGAUCCGGGGCAAAGGUGCCCAGACAGUGGCUGUCCAUCACCCUCAGUACGGUUUCUCGGUCCAAGGAGAAUACCAAGGGAGGGUCUUAUUUAAAAAUUAUUCACUCAACAAUGCAACCAUCGUCCUCAGCAACGUAGGCUUCCCCGAUGCGGGAGAGUACAUAUGCAAAGCAGCUACAUUCCCACUAGGAAAUGCCCAAGCCUCCACGACAAUAACCGUGCUGGUUGAACCCACUGUGAGGCUAACGAAAGGACCAAACGCUUUAAUCGACGGCGGCAAUCGAACAGUAGCAGCCGUCUGUGUAGCCGCCACCGGGAAACCCGUCGCCCAGAUUGCCUGGGAAGGAGACCUCGGGGAGAUGGAAUCUAGUUCGACGACUUUUCCGAACGAGACUGUGACGGUUACGAGCCGGUACAAACUGACUCCGACCAGGUUUGCCCGAGGAAGGCGGAUCACUUGCGUGGUGAAGCAUCCAGCUUGGGAAAAAGAGAUCCGCUAUUCCUCUAUGCUGGACAUACAGUAUGUCCCAGAAGUUUCCGUCACAGGGUAUGAUGGAAAUUGGUUUAUUGGGAGAGAGAACGUUCAUCUCACCUGUAAUGCCGAUGCAAACCCACCCCCCACGGAAUUCACAUGGCGAAGGUUGGAUGGGCAGUGGCCCGAAGGCCUAGUGACGUCAAACAACACACUACAUUUCAGCAGUCCCCUGUCUUACAACUACUCUGGGGUUUAUGUCUGUAAAGUGACCAAUUCCCUUGGUCAAAGAAGUGAUCAAAAGAUCGUCUACAUCCUAGAUCCUCCUUCUACCACCACCCUCCCGCCAACGAUACCGUGGCACCUCUCCACCGUGGACAUCCCAGGUGUAGCCACAGCGUCCAAAAAAUUGCCCUUCCCACUGUCCACCCUGGCCAGCAUUCAGGAAGACACGCUGGGCACCAUCAUCGGUAGCGCCGUGGGCGGGACCCUCUUCUUGAUCCUCAUCAGCGUCUUGGCGGGCGUCAUCGUCUAUAGGCGAAGACGGACGUUCCGCGGCGACUACUUUGCCAAGAACUACAUCCCGCCGUCGGAUAUGCAGAAGGAAUCCCAGAUCGACGUGCUGCAACCCGACGAGCUGGACUCCUACCCCGACAGCAUCAAAAAGGAGACGAAACACCCCCCGAACAACCUCAUAUGUAAGGAGAGCUCGGAAGAUCCCGAAAAAUCCGAGUGGAACAAUGGCGACAGCCUCGCCAACCGGUACCAGGGGCGGUUUGAGAGACCGAUGGAUUAUUACGAAGACAUAAAGCUGGGCAUGAAGUACGUCGGCGAGGACUGCUUCGACGACAACGAGGACGACUUAGUUCCCCAGGUAGACGGUUCGGUCAUUUCCCGGAGGGAGUGGUACGUUUAGCCACCGCUGAACGCAACCCGACUCUGCCGCAACGUGUCAUUCGCGUCGGUCGGUCGCUUUCACAUCUGUCCCUCCUUUUUCUUGGGGAAGAAUAAGCUUUUUGAAGUUGAUUUUCGAGCUUACUUUUUGUACUCCCAACUUGACCAAUGGAAAUGUCAGAUCUAGGUGAGAUGUAUCUGAGCUGCUCUACGUUGUUUUUUCUCAAUGCUGUACUACUGUCUCUCGAGAUUUGAAUAGUCACGCAGAGUACUUUAUUGGUCUGUGGCCCAGGUAAGAACAGAAUGUUAAUUUAAAGUUAAUUGUAUGUUUUGGGGUAUAAAAAUUAAAAAAAAAAAGCAACCUC